AUGGAAACUACUAGUAGCACAAUGGGCUGCACGUACAUGAAGAAAUAUUUGAAGGACAGAUCGCCGGUUUCAGAAAAAAAGUUCACGGGCGGCCUUGGUGCAAUUCUCAUUUCAAACUCCGCAUAUGCAGUGACGCCCGUCAACGCCGUUAACGCCCGUCACUCAACGGAAACAGACGGCCUUUCCCCACGGUACGGUGACGGUGCCCGUCUGACGGACCCGUCUAUCCGUCUAAGACGGACACGGUGCAAAUUAGGUAUUUGCAAUGCAUCUGAACUUCUUUCAUGCACCCUUCGCAAUACUGCAAUUUACUCCAUGCCUCCUACCAAUUUCCAGCCCAUCUUCUCAUUACAAACUCAAAGAGAUGGAGUUGAAUCAUCCCAACCUUCCCUGAAACGAAAAAUCACAGAUACUGAAGAGGGUGACAUUGACAAGGAAAAAGAAGAAGAGACUCAGACUGUGCAAGGCGCCGAGCGCAUUGAAAUCUGCGCUGCCGAUCAUGAACGUGAGCCAUUUCCUGGGUCCCAUGGGGGUGAAUGUGCCCUCACCGAAGAAGGCCGAGCACAACUAGAAGGCAUCAUCGCACACCACCAGCGGAUUGUCGUCGAAAUCGAAGCUGAGGCAGCUAUAGCUUUGGAGGCGUUGAAAACUCUGACGAAGCAGCAAAACGAGGCACACGCAUGGUUGGCUUCCUUGAGCACCACUGUCGACAAAGGUUCGCUGCCCCAAGUCAUAAAACAUGAAGAGGCUCUUCUUGGAGAUAUUGAUGAACGGAUGAUGAAUGUAGAAGGCGAACUCCAUUGUCUAGGUGGAUUGGAGCACGAGGACGUCACAUAUCCUGGUAACAAUCCACUUCCUGAACCUUCCGAUGAUGUCAAACAUGGAAUCGAGCAAAACCGACGAGAACUGCGGCGGCUUUUGGAUGAUUAUCAAAAUGUCUCAAAGAAGUUGGCCCUCCGGGGCCAACUCUCGCCGAUACGCAAGGUUCCUCCAGAGAUCAUUCGUCUCAUAUUCCUCUUUUGGGACGCCGACAGGCCUCGCCGUCGAACAGCAACUUAUGUGUCUCCGAAUGUUCUUACCAGCGUUUGUAUCGCCUGGAAGAACAUCGCAAUGGGCACACCCGAUAGUCACGCUGGGAUCGACUACACUCUUCCCACCAUACUUACCACCGAAUCAGAAUCUGAGGAUCCAAUUGAUUCAGUAGUUUCGUCCAUGUUUGAGGUCUUCAUCCCCCAUCACGCCCGAUGGCAGAAAGUCCGUAUACGAUAUGAACUAUAUUUGGAGAAAAGUUACUGGUUGGAACAAGACGACGUGGAUCGCAUCACAUCCACGAUGAUAUCCGCACCAUGGCUUCAUUCCGUCAGUUGGCUGAGCCAGAAACCGUUCACGACGCUCACCUUCCCCUGGGCGCAGCUCACGCACUUUUGGCUGGGUCACAUCAUUUCGAUGACUGAGGGUCUCCGCAUCAUCACAUCAUGCCCUCAGCUCACAUCUCUAGAGCUAACGCUCAUUCUUCCCGUCCAAGUAGCUAUCACAAACGGCUCUGGCUCAAUUGUUCAUAAGAAUCUACAACGCCUCCAUCUAAGCACGGCAGGCGACCUCGGAAUUCUCUUUGACAAGCUCACGCUACCAGCUUUGAAUGAUCUCUCGCUCUCUGAGGUCCACGGGUCCAGUACAAAGAUGGAGAGCCAGUACCGACAUCCUUCACCCACCGGAGCGAACCUAUACACAUCCCUAUUCUUCGUAAUCGAGACAUCUAGAACCGUCGCAACACUACAGCCCUCACCAAUCACAGGAAGCGACUUGUGA